AUUCACACCAAGAUCUUUUCAGUGUUUCAAUUUGUUGCGUAUCUCCAUGUCUUCAGUUUGUCCAGAAUAUACUUUUCUAGUAACUUGGGAGGACUGUCGUGGCCUUGAGCCAUGGAAUAAAAUGAAACUCUAAAAUUUAAAUUGGAUUGGAAUCAGAUUUCGUGUGCAGCAGCAACAAUCGGUAAGAGUAGACGGUAGCCAUGCUUCAAGUUUUGGUGCCCUCUGCUUCUGCUUUGGGGCGCUCAAGGCCAUUCAAUAUCUUCAGUCCCACCCUUCCAAUUCUUCCAAGCCUAACAAACAGGGCUUCAUUUAGAUGCAGUCAUAAAAGAUUGAGAUUAAUCUCCCAUGCCAGUAAAGAAGGUGGUGAUGAUAUCGAUCCUAUAGAUGAGCCUUCUAAAACCGAUAUACAGUGGUCUUCUGGUUGGUUAGGUACUUUUUAUCAGAUUGAAGAAGCAGCACGUGUCUUUUUGGUAGCUUUGUUUUGGAUUGUUCUCUUUUUUGGGGCUAGUGCCUGGGAUGGAACAAAGAGUGGAAGGCGUAAUAAGCGGGACUCUCAACGCAGACGAUGAAAUGGAGGAUGAUGUUUCUAUCUUAUGGGUAAUUGAAAAAUCAGCUGGUUUUCAAAGCGAAAAGGUGUACUGUUUCCUAUGGUUUGUGUUUCCGUUUGAGCACUUAAUGUUACCCCGUCUUGUUUUAUUUAACUGUCUUUUAUACUUUGUGCAUAGCUCCUUAUUAUAACCAAGGGCCUUUUUAGUCUAGUACCUCUUUUUUAUUAUUGGUUGUACUUUCAGAGUCCAUUGACCUACUUUGGUCAAUCUGGAGAGUAAUGUAAUUUUGUUCUUUUUUCAGACCUUGCCCACAUUACAAUUGUCCUCAAAGUACACAUUUUAAGCUUUAACUUUCUUGAUGUGAAAAUCUCAUUCUCUCAUUUAAUACAAAUUUCACCUUUUCAUGUUCC